AUGGAAACUAAAGUGCAGAAACAAAUUAUCGAUUAUUUUUCAACUUUUGAAGAAUUUCAUAAUACAUCCAAAACGUGUUUGAAAUCUUGCCAAAACUGCGCAGUAUCUAUUAAUAAACUUAUUCAGCGCUGUAACAACAUUAAGCAAGCGGAUCUUUCUGGUACGCCAUUAGAAGACUUUGUUGAUCUUCGGAAUAAAUUGGCAACAUAUCUACAUAACCUCAUCUCGAAGGAAAUCUAUGAUAUUCGAAGUAAGGCACUGGUAAUUGAAGACUCUUUUGAUAAACUUUGUAACAAAGGUAACACCCUUAAAGAAAGUUGUAAAGGAAUAGAUUUUUCUGAACAGAGCUUACUUGUUAAGGGGACCCCGCUUCAACCCCCUCUAAAACAACUAUUAAAUUUUGUUGAUGAAACAAUAACAUAUGGAAGUGAAUUUUGUGCGCAUAUAGAAACAUCAUUAAAUGUUCUUGCACUCAGAGGCCUUAACAGUGACUCACAAGUAGACAAUUUUAAAAUCUCUUCUAAGUGGCAAAGGCGUGUUGGAGAAAUUUUAGCUUACACAUCGUUUUGUUCUGAAAAUCAAAUUUAG